GGAGUUAAAUCGGUCAGCAGGGGGGACUGUAGAGUCCAUCAUGGCUGCUGCGGGCUGUCAGUAGAGGGACUUGUUUUUAACUCUGUAGCGGCUCCUCUGUUCUCGGUGACACUCCCGCGCCCGGCUCGUCUGCUCCCCCGGUUCUCGCUCGGACUGCCCGCUGGACCGGCGCCAUGGCCCAGUGCGCCCAGUCUGUGCAGGAGUUCAUCCAGGACUCGUUCGUGCCGAUGGUGGCCGUCCUGUGCAGCGAGGAGGCGGAGAGAGUGACCCGCAGGAACAGCCUGAGCUUCCCCGAGCUGCUGCGCCCCUUCUGCCGGCUUCCCUCGGAGGGUCACUUGCGUGACCCCAAUAACCAGGUGGUGGUGGUGAAGGGCCUUCGGAUUAGCGUGACCGGAGUGAACACUCGACCACCAAAUUCCGGAGAAGUCCGCAAGGUCUUGAGCCAGGCUGUGUCCGGCUGUCAGCCUCCUGAAGGGCUACCUGCUAACGUCAUCACUGCUGGAGACUACGACCUUAACAUCAGCGACCGCUCGGUCAAAGCGAGCGUUCCCUGGUACUCAGACUGGAAAGAAACGUUCACCCAGCUCAGCUCCUCCAAAUACUAUACAGCAACAACACCAUGGUUUGAAGCUUACAGGGAGAACUUCCUACAGUCCAUGCCUCCAACAGACCAUGAGUUUCUUAACCACUACUUGGCCUGCAUGUUGGUGGUAUCUUCUCGUGAAGCCGUUCCCACAGAGCAGUUUCUGAAGCUUUCUCAGGAGCAGCACAGGAUUCAGCACAGUGGAGAAUACACCCAUCCCAAAUGGUUCAUUCCAAACACCCUCAAAUACUACGUCCUGCUUCAUGACAUCAGCGAUGGAGAUGAACAGAGGGCAGACUCUGUAUAUGAAGAUAUGAAGCAGAGAUAUGGUACUCAGGGCUGUUACCUGUUAAAGAUCAACUCCAGAACUGAUGCUGCUGGACCAGAUGAACAAAUGCCUGACCCCUGGAGUCAGUAUUUACAGAAGACUAAUUUGCACAGCCCUUAUGAAGAGACCAUGGUGAAUAAUGUUGUCGAGAAUAACAUCAGCUCAGAAGUGGAUGGACUUGACUCCUCAGACGGGGUACCAGAGUCCCAUCCACUCAAGCUGGAUCAGCCAGCUGAUUCUGGAUUUCCUGGUGACCCCAGUGAAUCAGUGAACAGUGCAGACGCAGCAAAGAAACAGGGGGUAGUGACGCCUGUGGCUGCUCCAACGACCCACGGUGCCUGCCUGACCCUCAACGACCAUGACCGCAUCCGACAGUUCGUCCAGGAGUUCACCUUCAGAGGACUACUGCCUCACAUAGAGAAAAAUAUUCGACAGCUUAAUGACCAGCUGGUGUCCAGGAAAGGAUUGAGUAGAUCUCUAUUCUCAGCCACAAAGAAGUGGUUUGGGGGAGGGAAAGUUCCUGAGAAAAGUAUUGCUGAACUAAAGAACACUGCAGGAUUAUUAUACCCUCCAGAAGCUCCAGAGCUGCAGAUCAGGAAGAUGGCUGAUCUCUGCUUUCUUGUUCAGCACUAUGAGUUGGCCUAUAGCUGUUACCACACUGCCAAGAAGGACUUCCUCUCUGACCAGGCCAUGCUGUAUGCUGCAGGAGCACUUGAGAUGGCUGCUGUGUCUGCGUUUCUGCAAAGUGGUGCUCCCAGGCCGUACCCCGCACACUACAUGGAAACGGCUAUUCAGACCUAUCGAGACGUCUGCAAGAACAUGGUCCUGGCUGAGCGCUGUGCUUUGUUGAGUGCUGAGGUUCUGAAGAGUCAGGCCAAAUACUCUGAUGCUGCAACACUCCUAAUCAAGAUGACUAGCGAGGACUCUGAUCUGCGGAGUGCGCUUUUACUGGAGCAGGCAGCUCACUGCUUCAUUAAUAUGCGGAGCCCCAUGGUGAGAAAGUUUGCGUUCCACAUGAUCCUGUCAGGUCAUCGCUACAGCAAAGCGGGACAGAAGAGACAUGCAUUGCGGUGUUACUGCCAGGCGAUGCAGGUGUAUAAGGGGAAGGGCUGGACUCUUGCUGAAGACCACAUCAACUUCACCAUCGGCCGGCAGUCCUUCACACUGCGUCAGCCUGAGAACGCUGUAGCUGCCUUCCGGCACAUUCUCAUCAACGACAGCAAGCAGACAGCCACUCAGCAGAAUGCCUUUCUCAGGGAAUACCUAUAUGUCUAUAAGAGUGUGGGUCAGCCGCCCAGUGAGAGCUCACUGCCUCAGCUCCCACUACCCUGCCUUCAUAGUGCCCAGACACGUGUGUUCUUUGGCCAUGAGCGCAGACUUGCACAGGGAGAAAAGCAAGCUGCCACCCACGUGUGGCUGGAUCAUCCAUAUGACCGGGAACAGGCCCAGUUGUGGGCAGAGUUAGAGGAGCAGGUUGUGGCUGUGGCCAACAGGGGAAGCGUGCCUAUCAGCUUCCAGCCCACACAGUACUGCCUCAGCAGCCACACAGACAACCUGCGCUACCCUCUUGCUGUGGUAGAAGAACCCAUCUUUGUAGAGAUAGUGUUCAGAAACCCUCUGAAGGUUCCCUUGGCUCUGUCAGACCUGUCUCUGCUGUGGAAGUUCACAGCAAAAGACUUUUCUGCACUUCAAGGUGGCACACUUGGAGAACCGAUUACCAAUGAGAACGAGGCAGCCACAGGCAACGCCGCAGCGCUCAAUAACAUUAUCAGCACUGAAGUCAUUCCAGAGUUCACAGUCAGCCCGGAGGAAACGAAAGUGGCUCGACUGAAGUUGCUCCCUCAUAAAACCGGAGAGCUACAUGUGCUUGGUGUGGUUUACAACCUGAGCACCAGAGACGAUGAGAACAGCGCUAGUGAAGGCAGUCAGUUGAUGAUUGUGCGCGGGCGGCAGGACCUGGAGAUUCAGGGGCCGAGGCUCAAUAUGACCAAAGAGGAGAAGACCUCCGUCACACAUGGACCAGACAGACGCCUGGACCCCAUCAUCACCCCUCCGAUGCCCUUGCUGGAGGUGUUCUUCAUUAACUUCCCUUCGAGUUUGCUGUGUGGUGAGAUCAGGAAAGCGUGGGUGGAAUUUGUCAACGUGAGCGCAGCUCCUCUCGCUGGGCUGCGGGUGGCCUCCACACACCCAGAGUUUUUCACAUUCGGCAGCGCCGCCUCUGACCUGACCCCUGUUACCCCUACGGCUGCCGAGCAUUGCUCCGCAUACAAGACUAUGGCCACGCCCCCGUCUGACGGCACAGUGACGCUGGUGUCUGCUGCUACAUUUGGCGUUAAUGGGAAUGACAGACCGACAGUGGUGGAUAUUCCUUUAACAGGAGGCGUACUGGGACCAGGAGAGGCGCUGCAGAUCCCACUGUGGCUAAGAGGACCUGACCGAGAGGGGGUGCACGAGAUCCACUUUCUGUUUUACUACGAGAGUGUGGAGAAAAAUGCAAAACUCAGUCACAGAGUGCUACGUCACACAGCUUUUAUCUGUGCGAGUCGUUCACUCAGUGUGAAGGCGACAGCAUGCCGCAGUAACACACUGCCAGGAAGAGGCAAAAAGGAGGAGAGAGAGGAGGAGCGUAGCGGCAACAUGCUGGUGUUUGUGGACGUGGAGAACAUCAACACUAGUGAAGCAGGAGUUCGGGAGUUCCACAUAGUGCAAGUGUCCAGCAGCAGCAGACAGUGGAGGCUACAUAAAUGCAUCAAUCCUGCAGGAGACAGAGACUCCAAGUUGGGCAGCAGGGAGAGGGGGAAGCUGUGCUUCAGGGCAACUAGAUGCAGAACACAGGAAGCUACCUCAGGCACACUGGAGAAAUACACUUUUGCAGACCUAAAUCUCGGCAAUGAACAGAUUGUCAGUUCUAUGACUCCGUGUGCAGACUUCUUCUUCCGGAGAGGUCCGCCCUCUGAGUCUAGGAAAGGGGUUGCUCCCACAGGCCUUAUAAGGAGGCAGAGCCUAACGCCAGCAAUCAACGCUGACGACAGCAUGACCAGUAUUGUUCGCAAAUGCAGUGAAGUGGAGCUCGACAUUAUUGUGCUGUGGAAGGCCUAUGUGGUGGAGGACAACAAGCAGCUCAUUUUAGAGGGACAGCUUCAUGUGGCUCUACAGACUAUUGGCAAGGAAGCCUGCUCCCUCUCACAGAAAGAGGAUGCUCAGGAGAUGGUGCUGCUGAAGUUCAAGCCUGAUCUUCCUCCACCUGUCAGUAGACCCACGCUGGAACAGCUUUCUCAUCUCAUCAAGACCUGUCUGCACUACCCGGAGUCCUACGACCACCCUUUCCCACAGAAGAGUUUAUGCAUGGUUCCAGUUACCUUGACAUUGUCCAACUGUUCCCUGGCUCAGGUGGAUGUCAUUAUUGACCUGCGUCACAAAACUACUAGCCCGGAGUCACUGGAGGUGCAUGGCUCUUUUACCUGGCUGGGACAGACGCAGUACAAGCUGCAGCUGAGGCCACAGGAAGUCCAUCGACUGUCCCUUCAAGCCUGCUUCUUUCAGGCUGGUGUGUACAACCUUGGCACGCCGCGGGUAUUUGCCAAGCUUGCCCAGUCAGGAACGAUGUGCGAGACCAGCCAGCAGAGCGCUAUGCCAGCCCUGAUCAUCAUCAACAGUGUGUGAGCCACUCGUCAGCACUGUGGUCUGCUGCUGCUCUCCCAGCAUCGACUCUUGUCUCUCCAGCUAAAUCCUACAGCAUCCAGACUGCAGCUGUUUUCUACUUCUUAAUAAUAGAAAUGAGGAGAAACCUGAACUGGAAAAAGUUUAGUACGUUUCAGUUCAGUACUGCAUCUGACGUGCUUGUGAACUCUGGCGAGAUGGUUCAAAACUAAUUGUACCCCUAGCUGUUUUUGUCUUAAAUGCAAAAAAAAAAAAAAAAAUCAUGGACUCGAAGUUUAAAAAAGCUCUUUUUGUUCUUUCCCCAAUAAUAUUUAUCUCAUGUCAGCAGGGUCUUUUUAUUUUAAAUAUAAAUGAAAUCCAUUUUUCCCCUUCCUCUUUUUAAGAGCCCUAAUGGAAUAAUUACCCAGAUCAAAUGCUCAAAAAAUAUAACCCUGUGUAUGAGAGUGCUAAUAGGAUGUGUUCAGUCUCCUCACACUGCCCAUGCUUAAGCUGCAGUGCUUUGUUGCCACAGUAACAAAGACCUUCUCUCCACAUGGCAUCUUAAAACUGGAUAGUUAAAGACAGUAACGUGUUGAACGGCUGCAGAAGUACCUGCUGAAAAGGACCAGAGGAUAUUUCAUAUCCAAUAAGCCGACCAGCACAAGCUGUCUGAGCCAAUGAGGAGCCGGCGGGAAGAAGAGAGUGUGUGUCUGUGGGUGUCUGUGGGUGUGUGUUUGUUUGUGCGAUCCAUUGAAUAAAGAAAGGAAUGUGUGGCGCUCACCAAGAAAGCAGCAGGAUCUUAGCCCACUGAAGCAGUAUGGAAUACUGAACACAGUGAAACAGGCUGAGAGUCACUGUUGGGUGUGUGUACAGGUCCUUGUGGCGUGUGUAUGUGUGCGCGGAGGUGGUUGGGCUGGACUGUUUUCACAGGAAAAAGAUUAAUUUUCUACAAAACCAAUCAUCUUCCCCUUCCUCCACCUCUCACUGUCUGCCCUCAUCUGAUCCAGCUGUUAUUUAAAUGUAUCUACAUGACUGCUUUUCAGACAGAAAUGAUGUAUUAUAUUUAUAACAAAUUACUGUACAUAGAAUAAAAAUAACCAAAUAACCAUGAA